AGGAAGUAAAAUUAUGACUGACAAGAUUUCACAAGAUUUCUUAAUUUGAUGUUUAGAGAACAUGUUUAGAAGGAUUUAAAGACUUUUAUAGUCGGUCACGGCAGUUAUGUUAGUAUCAUCAGAUUAUUCACAAGGAGUUUGGGAAAGCUGAACAAACAUAUGUACAUGUAUCAUACAAAUUUAUUUCCUGAGGAAACAAAUCUGAAACAAGAUCAGACAAGUAAAUUUUCAAAAUGGCUGUGUCAGGACGUAAGUCAUCCGAUUUUCGUGAUUCAAUAUCUAAAGGUUCCGCAGAGGACUUUGAUCACAGUUGUGAACCAUGCCUAGUUAUUGGUAAGCAUGUCGAGGCUCAUGGAUUUUGUGUGGAGUGUCAGAAAUAUCUGUGCAACAACUGCUACGCAUAUCAUAAACAGAUAAAAGCCACGAAAAGUCAUCAGCUUCUUGAUAAAAAGAGCAUGGGUCAACACGCUCUUCAACGGAAGGAUUCAGCGGUUUGUAAUGAAAAGUGUCCUCUUCAUGGAAAUGAAAUCAUCAAGUUUUUCUGCACAAACCAUGAAUACCUUGGCUGCACCGAUUGUAUUACCCUGAACCACAGAGCAUGUCAAAUUGAUUAUAUACCUGAUAAAUAUGCAGGUAUUGGGGACACUGAGGAAUACAGGGAGACGAUGAAGAAACUUGAACAGAAAAUAAAAGAGUUUGAUGAAGUAAUGAAGAGGGCAAAUGUCGAAGACAAGGAGAUAGAUACUUGUUAUGAUAAAGCAUUACAAGAAAUUAUCAAAUUUCGGAAAGAAAUAGAUGACCACUUAGAUCAACUGCAAAUGAAAAUUCAAGCAGAUAUUGACAAGAAGAAGUCAGCAGACAAACAAAAUCUCCAGGAAGUGAUCAAAAUAUGUUCCAACAUUUCUACAGAUAUCAGCAAACUGAAGUCCAAUCUACAAGACAGCAAAUCUUCUCAACAGCACGGACAACUUUACAUAAACAUUAAACAAGUUCAGUCUAAACUGAAGUCGGACGAAGUUAAAAAAGCAGAAGAAACCUUAGCUCAGACAUAUACACAAUACAGAUUUGAACGCAGCAAAGAUCUAGAGAAUGUAAUAUCAAAGCAGAAAAUACUUGGUACGUUCAGCCUGGUUACGCCAAAAAAGAAGAAAACAAUUGACAAAUUAACAUAUGACGAUGAUAUAAAUGUACGCACAAAAUCAGAUAAGAGAGACUAUUGUAUUUCAGGAUGCGCACUCUUGUCCUCUCACAAAAUUGUGCUGGCUGAUGAGGAUAACUCUAAACUGAAAGUUGUGGACAGGCAAAGUAAAGUCGUGAUAGAAGAGAAGUCACUUGACUCUGGACCAUGGGAUGUUACCGUACUGCCUCAAGAUCAGAUUGCUGUAACAAUGCCAGACAGUAACGAGAUCUAUAUAAUGUCAACAGCUGGUAAAUUGUCAAUCAUCCGCAAGAUUCCAGUUACAGGAGAAUGUAGAGGUAUAACGUAUCAUCAAGAUCGUCUCUAUGUGAUUUGCUGGGAUCCUCGCUGUGUACGUAUUUUAGACAUACAAGGUAAUGUUCAGAACACAAUUUCUCUCAAUAAUAAGGUAUUUCGCAGCCCUAACUAUAUUGUGUUCAAUGAGGAUUCUAGACUUAUCUAUAUAAGUGACGUUUGGACACAUAAUGUAGUGAGCAUCACGUUACAAGGUGAUGUAUCUGCCGUAUACGAGAAUAAGGAUGUUACGAGACCACUUGGAAUGCUGAUGUUUGAAGAUGGCUCAUUGCUGGUUUGCUGCAGGGACAGUGGUAUCAUACAUCGUAUCUCGGGAGACUUGAAGCAAGGUCAGGCAAUGAUUGAUGGUCUGACAUACUCAUUGUCCAUAUGUUACAAUCGUCAACAACAAAAAGUCUAUAUUGGUGGUAAGAAUCAGCUGAAGGUGUUCAGUGUGCAAUGACAUUUCGUUUCAACAAACUUUAAUGGCCAAUAUGCGGAUUUUGUUUUUCCAAGACAAAGACAUUUUGCUAUGUUAAGUAUGUAAAUUAUAAGACACACACUUCUGUAUAUAUGUGGGAUUUACUGCUGUUACGACAUCUUUGAGCUUUACAUGUAAAUUUAGACACGCAUUUCUGUAUGUUUGUGUGAUUUUCUCUAGCUACAUGAUUGAGUUUGAUAUGUUAAUAUAUAUGUACAGUAGUCACUUCUUUUCAUAUCAUUUUGAUUACUAACAAUAAUGUAUCACUUUAGUAAAGCGUUAAUUGAAUUAAAAAAAAAACAUUGAGGGAAGGAAUGGUUACUUUCUACAUACUCUCGCAUUUUACAUUGCAAACAUAUUUCAAUUUAUGUUGUUGAAAAAUAACAAACAAUAUUAAUUAUGUUAUCAUAUCGUUUAGAUUCAUUCGUCUGCUCAAACUAGCGUUGAACUUCGUAGAAACACUACGCGUGAUGCUAAACUGAUAAAUACAGAUAUACAUAUAUACACACGUUCAACAUUUUUUAUUUUAUAAAUGAUAGAAAUGUUUCAAUAUAAAACGCUUUCAUUGUUGUUUGUGUAAUUUAUUUUCAUUUUCUGUUACAUUUUUUAUAAAAAGAAUGCCAGCUACUGCAGUAUUUUUGUACAAAUUAUUUUAGUUAUUCAACAUUGAUAUAAAAAAUCAUUCUGUUAUAUAUUCUGACUUCAUCAGUCUUGGCUCCGAUUAAAAAGAAAAUGGACACAAUUAUACAAAAUUUGAAUAGCCUCAGGAGUUAUCUCCUGUGAACAAAACACAGAGUUUGAACACAGACUAGGGUUUCCUGAUCGUUACCCGGCACGCUAUUACAAUUAAGAAAAUGCUUGGAACCAGUCGAGCUAUGGCAGGCCUCUUAGUACGCGAAAAUGAUUUACUUCUGACUUCAAUAAACUCUGAUGUAAAUCAGCUUUUCACAUGUGUGCAUAUUGUAACCUGUUACAUGUAUCCAUGUACAUCAUAAAUAAUGUAUCUGUAGUAGAUUAGAUAAAAUGUGAACUAUUA